AUGUCCAACGCCAUUGUCGACGCCGUGCAGAAGCACCCCGCGCCCGAGGGCCUCAAGUACACAUAUGGAACUGCUGGGUUCAGGACAAAGGCCGACGUCCUCGACUCGGUGCUCACGCGCGUGGGCCUCGUCGCCGCGCUGCGGUCGCGCUCGCUCAAGGGAAAAUGGAUCGGUGUCAUGAUCACGGCGUCGCACAACCCCCCCGAGGACAACGGCGUGAAGCUGGUCGAGCCGCUGGGCAACAUGCUGCAGGAGGAGUGGGAGGUGCUCAGCACCGACAUGGCCAACAAGGCCAACGGCGACGAGGUGCUGCAGUACUACAACGAGAUCGCGUCCAAGUACAAGAUCGACCUCGACGCCCCCGCCCGCGUCGUCGUCGCCCGGGACACGCGCGCGUCGGGCGCCCGCUUGCUGGGCUGCGUGCAGGACGGCCUCAAGGCGGCGGGCGCUGAGGUCAAGGACUACGGCUUCCUGACCACGCCGCAGCUGCACUACAUGGUGCGCUGCCUCAACACCGAGGGCACCAAGGACGCCUACGGCACCCCCACCGAGAAGGGCUACUACGAGAAGUUCGGCGCCGCCUUCAAGACGGCGCUCAAGGGCAAGAAGCCCCAGGGGAGCUUGACCGUCGACUGCGCCAACGGCGUCGGCGGGCCCAAGCUGGUCGAGCUCAUCAAGUACCUGCCGCCCAAGGAGGAGGCCCUCGAGAUCCACGUCGUCAACGACAACGUCAUCAAGCCCGAGAGCCUCAACGUCGACUGCGGUGCCGACUUCGUCAAGACCAACCAGCGCGCACCCCCCUCGUCCAAGACCGGCCCCGGCGACCGCUGCUGCUCCCUCGACGGCGACGCCGACCGCGUCGUCUUCUACUUCAAGGACCAGUCGAACGUCUUCCGCCUGCUCGAUGGCGACCGCAUCGCCACGCUUGUCGCCUCCUUCCUGGGCGACCAGGUCCGCAGCGCUGGCCUCGCCGACUCCAUCAAGAUCGGCGUCGUUCAGACCGCCUACGCCAAUGGCGCCGCAACCCAGUACGUCGAGCAGCACCUCAAGCUCAAGGUCGACUGCACCCCCACCGGCGUCAAGCACCUGCACCACGCCGCCGAGAAGCUCGACAUCGGCGUCUACUUCGAGGCCAACGGCCACGGCACCGUCAUCUUCUCGCCCGACACCCUCGACACCAUCGCAAAGUACGAGCCCAAGAACCCCGGCCAGGCCGAUGCCCUGUCCGUCCUGCGCGCCUGCAUCGACCUCAUCAACCAGUCCGUCGGCGACGCCCUCUCCGACGCGCUCCUCGUCGAGGUCGUCCUCGCGCACAAGAGCUGGACCACCCAGGAGUGGCUGUCCACGUACACCGAUCUGCCCAACCGCCUGCUCAAGGUCCUCGUCUCCGACCGCACCAUCUUCAAGACCACCGACGCCGAGCGCAGACUUACUUCACCAGAGGGCCUGCAAAAGCAGAUCGACGCCGAGGUCAGCAAGGUGCGACAGGGGCGGAGUUUUGCGCGCGCGAGCGGUACCGAGGACGCGGUGCGCGUGUACGCAGAGGCUGCGACCAAGGCCGAGGCCGAGGAUCUGGCGCGCAAGGUUGCGGAACUCGUGAAGCAGGCGGGCAGCUCGUAG